AUGGAUACUGUUCCUGUAAUAUGUCUCGAGCAACUCUGUGACGCCCACAAGUCAGGUGAUUUGGAGGUGUGGUUUCAACGACCUAAAGAUAUAGUUCGAAAGAUAAAGUCAGGUGAUUUGGAUCUUGGUAUUGUUGGUUAUGACAUCGUUUGUGAAUGUGGUGAGAUGGGCACAACUGAUGCUAUUUUAGAUCUUGUGAGCAGUGGCAUGACACUAGCAGAGAACAAUUUGAAAGAAAUCAAAGGUGGAGUUGUCUUAGAAAGCCAAGCUGUGCGUGUUGCAAGCCGGAGAUCUUUGAACAUGAGCAAGGGUGCACUAGAAAUCACCCAUGAAAUGCUUGAACGACUUGAGGCACAUUUAAGGGCUAUUGGGGUAGUAACAGUCGUUGCAAAUAUGAGGGGCAACAGCGCAGAGGAAGUGGCAGAGAGAGUUCUUAGCCAACCAUCAUUAUCGGGCUUGCAAGGUCCUACUGUAAGUCCAGUGUUCUGCAAACGUGAUGGCAAGGUCGUAGUGGACUUCUUUGCGAUAAUCAUAUGUGUGCUGCAAAUGGAGCUUUACAAAUCUGUUCAGCAACUAAGAGCAAUUGGUGGGAGUGGGGUUUUGGUAUCCGAUUUGACAUAUAUUUUUGAGGAAGAGACACCAAGGUGGCGCACCCUUCUUUCAGAGCUUGGGUUAUGAUGUUCUUUAAGUGCUUAUUUAUCUUUAGCAUGAAAUGGCACCAUUUCCUCUACUAUUCGUUUUGAAUCUUUCUUUCUGCUGUUGCUUAGUGAGUUUGAAGUGGACAAAAUAAAGUUUUCUAGUUAGUUCCAAAAUUUUGUAAGAAACAAAAUAGUUACAA